AUGGGGGAAAGUUUUAUUCAUGCCAAAAUGCUUAAAGACGUAGCAAGUGGUGAUAUUAAUGAAAAGCAAAACAAUAGCACUUUUAUGGAAAAUGUUUACGUAUUGAAACGUACUGAUCAAAUUAUCGAAUUGAAGACCAUCAUAAUGGACAGAGAAACAAGUCAUUCGGAUUUCGUGUUCUAUGUUGAUCGUUUGAUUAGAUUGGUGGUUGAGGAAGGUCUUAACCAACUGCCUUUUACAAACAUUGAAAUAGAAACUCCAGCAUAUGCAAAGUAUGAAGGUAUUGCCUUCUGUCGAGGAAAUUGCGGGGUUUCGAUAUGUCGAGGUGGUGAAGCGAUGGAGAAAGCUUUGCGGCAGUGUUGCAGGUCAGUUCGGAUUGGUAAAAUGUUAGUGGGUGACGAUGCAAGAUUGUUAUAUGCUCGAUUGAUGCCAGAUAUCAAACAUCGGAGAGUACUACUUCUAUAUCCAUUACUUAGUACAGGUACCACAAUAAUUAAGGCAGUAUCGGUAUUAGUGGAAAAUGGUGUAAUCGAAGAGAACAUUUUACUGCUAACUUUAUUCGCAACACCUACGGGAAUCAAACAGGUUAUGAGUCAGUUUCCAAAGAUAUCCAUACUCACGAGCGACAUCAACCCCUUGAUACCAUUCUGGUUUACAACUAAAUAUUUUGGCACCGAUUAA